AUAGCUCCACAUGACCACAUCACAACCAGUCCCCUAUUAAUAAAUUCUUACCAUUUUACUAAUCCAUUAAUCAACUUCCGCAUAAAUAGUCAUCUAUCCUAAUUCUUUUGUAUAAUAAUAAUAAGGUCAAGCUUCCUCCUUAUUCGCCAAUCCAUUUUUCUUCUUCUUUUCUUCCUCUUUCUUUGGAGUUUUUGUAAACAAAAAGAAUGGCGCUUUCUAAAGCUGCAUCUGAAUCUGAUGCUUCUGUUCAUUCCACCUUCGCUUCUAGAUAUGUUCGCGUUUGUCUUCCUAGGUUUAAGAUGCCGGAACAAUCGAUUCCGAAAGAAGCAGCGUAUCAGAUAAUAAACGAUGAGUUGAUGUUGGACGGAAAUCCGAGAUUGAAUUUGGCGUCAUUUGUGACGACAUGGAUGGAACCAGAGUGCGAUAAAUUAAUGAUGGAUGCCAUCAACAAAAAUUAUGUUGACAUGGAUGAGUACCCUGUCACCACUGAGCUUCAGAAUAGAUGCGUGAACAUGAUAGCCAACUUGUUUAAUGCACCACUUGGAGAUUCAGAGGUUGCUGUUGGAGUAGGGACAGUUGGGUCCUCAGAGGCCAUCAUGCUUGCUGGGCUCGCUUUCAAAAGAAGGUGGCAAAAUAAAAGAAAGGCUGCGGGUUUACCUAUUGACAAGCCCAACAUUGUCACUGGUGCCAAUGUUCAGGUUUGCUGGGAAAAAUUUGCACGGUAUUUCGAGGUAGAGUUGAAGGAAGUUAAGCUGAGUGAUGGAUACUAUGUGAUGGACCCAGAGAAGGCAGUUGAAAUGGUAGAUGAGAACACCAUUUGUGUUGCUGCUAUCCUUGGGUCCACUCUCAAUGGAGAGUUUGAAGAUGUUAAGAUGUUGAACGAUCUCCUAGAGGCCAAGAACCAAGAAACUGGAUGGGAUACACCGAUACAUGUAGAUGCAGCAAGUGGUGGUUUCAUUGCACCAUUUUUGUACCCAGAUUUGGUUUGGGACUUCAGAUUGCCAUUAGUGAAGAGUAUUAAUGUUAGUGGUCACAAGUAUGGACUUGUGUAUGCUGGUGUUGGUUGGGUUAUCUGGAGGAGUAAGGAAGACUUACCUGAUGAACUCAUCUUCCACAUCAACUACCUCGGAGCUGAUCAACCCACCUUCACUCUCAAUUUUUCCAAAGGAUCAAGUCAAAUUAUUGCUCAGUACUAUCAGCUAAUUCGCUUGGGUUUUGAGGGAUACAAGAACAUCAUGGAAAACUGCCAAGAGAAUGCCAUGAUCUUGAGGAAAGGAAUCGAAAAUACUGGUCGAUUCAACAUCAUAUCUAAGGACAUAGGAGUUCCACUGGUGGCAUUCUCCUUAAAGGAUAACAACCUCCACAACGAGUUUGAAAUCUCAGACAUGUUACGUAGGUUCGGAUGGAUUGUACCAGCUUACACCAUGCCCCCAGAUGCGCAGAAUGUGACAGUACUGCGUGUGGUUAUCCGAGAAGACUUCUCUCGAACCCUUGCUGAUCGGCUAGUUGCUGACAUCGAGAAGGUUCUGACCGAGUUGGAUGCUAUUCCUGCUCGUGCUAAUGCUAAGUUAGCUCUUGCAACUACUGAGGCCGAUGGUGAUAAUUCUAUGUCAAGGAAGAAGACUGCUUUACAGAUGCAAAUGGAGGUUUGCAGUAUUUGGAAGAAGUUCGUUGAUGAAAGGAAGUCGCGAACUAAUGGUGUUUGCUAAAUCUAACCAUUAUAUCCUACUUAUGCUAUGUUUAUUUAAUUUUCACAUUAUAAAGCACUCGUGCAUUGGUUUUGACCAAGAUUAAAGAUCUUUUUUCCUUUUUUUUUUUUUUUGAUGUGGGUUAGUUGAGUAUGGAUCAUGAUUGAAUGAUCAAUUCAUGAAUUUCUCUGAUUAAGGGGAUUAUUAAAAUAGAAUUCUAUAAAUACUUCUUUUUUCUAAUUGAUAAUAUGACAUUAUCAUGAUGAGAAGGAUAUACAAAAAUGUAGUAAUAGCACUUUGGUGCUGUGAUAGAAAUAUUUGUAACUGAGACGAACAAACUUAUUGUUAUAUGUCGAUGAUUUUGAGUUGAA